CUGCUCCGCGCUGGGCUCGGGAGGGGGGCGGCUGCGGGUGGAGGUGCGCUUCUGACAAGCCCGAAAGUCAUUUCCAAUCUCAAGUGGACUUUGUUCCAACUAUUGGGGGCGUCGCUCCCCCUCUUCAUGGUCGCGGGCAAACUUCCUCCUCGGCGCCGCUUCUAAUGGAGCCCCACCUGCUCGGGCUGCUCCUCGGCCUCCUGCUCUGUGGCACCAGGGUCCUCGCCGGCUACCCAAUUUGGUGGUCCCUGGCCCUGGGCCAGCAGUACACCUCGCUGGGCUCGCAGCCACUGCUCUGCGGCUCCAUCCCAGGCCUGGUCCCCAAGCAGCUGCGCUUCUGCCGCAAUUACAUCGAGAUCAUGCCCAGCGUGGCCGAGGGCGUGAAGCUGGGCAUCCAGGAGUGCCAGCACCAGUUCCGGGGCCGCCGCUGGAACUGCACCACCAUAGACGACAGCCUGGCCAUCUUCGGGCCCGUCCUAGACAAAGCCACCCGCGAGUCGGCCUUCGUGCACGCCAUCGCCUCUGCCGGCGUGGCCUUCGCCGUCACGCGCUCCUGUGCCGAGGGCACCUCCACCAUCUGCGGCUGCGACUCGCAUCACAAGGGGCCGCCAGGCGAGGGCUGGAAGUGGGGCGGCUGCAGCGAGGACGCCGACUUCGGGGUGCUCGUGUCCCGGGAGUUCGCGGACGCGCGCGAGAACAGGCCGGACGCGCGCUCGGCCAUGAACAAGCACAACAACGAGGCGGGCCGCACGACCAUCCUGGACCACAUGCACCUCAAGUGCAAGUGCCACGGGCUGUCAGGCAGCUGCGAGGUCAAGACCUGCUGGUGGGCCCAGCCCGACUUCCGCGCCAUCGGCGACUUCCUCAAGGACAAGUACGACAGCGCCUCCGAGAUGGUGGUGGAGAAGCACCGCGAAUCCCGCGGCUGGGUGGAGACCCUCCGCGCCAAGUACGCGCUCUUCAAGCCGCCCACCGAGAGGGACCUGGUCUACUACGAGAACUCCCCCAACUUCUGCGAGCCCAACCCCGAGACGGGCUCCUUUGGCACCAGGGACCGGACUUGCAAUGUCACCUCCCAUGGCAUCGAUGGCUGCGACCUGCUCUGCUGUGGCCGCGGCCACAACACGAGGACGGAGAAGCGGAAGGAGAAAUGUCACUGCAUCUUCCACUGGUGCUGCUACGUGAGCUGUCAGGAGUGCAUCCGCAUCUACGAUGUACACACCUGCAAGGCAGUGGGAACGGGUGAAGUGUGUGGCUGGGCAGAUUCACCGAAGUCCCAUGGGAAGCAGGACCUGGAGCCGGGCUCAGCCCUCAGCACCAGACAGCAAGGAACCCGGACUGUUGCCAGACGCCCGUGCGGUAAAUUACCUGGACCCGAGCCGCCCGCUGACGGGGAGGCCCCCCUCGCGCUCUCUCUUAAGUCUCUCACCCUGCUCUGGAUGGUGUGUGGUUUUUAAAGAAGGGGCUUUCUCUUUAGUUCUCUAGGGUCUGAUAGGAACGGACCCCAGGCUUCUCUUUGCACAUGUUAAAGAAAAUAAAAAAUGGAAAAAAAAAAAAAUUCUACUCCGACAGAACAGGCUGGGCUACCGUGAGCUCUCUGCCCGGUGGUGAAGACUUCAGCACGGGCAAGAUUCUGUUUCCAGACCGCUCCUUCUGGUGAUGCGCCAAGACGCCCGUGAGGUGGGAGUUACGAAGUAGGACAGACCCCUGCAGUCUCCUUUUCUCCGUCUCCUCCUGUGCAGAUCUGAUGUCCUUCCACAUUCUGACAAAAGCCAUAGGUUUAGCUAGGAUAAAGUGGUAGGGAGGCCCGAGGCGAUUGUGGGAGUAGGAUUUUGAGUUUUGAAGAACCAGGAGCGCUGGGUGGCCUGGUAAGCUGUUUGAAAAGCAGCCGUGUGUUCUGUCUCGUUUUCUCUGUAACCCGGUUCUGCACAAGAGGCUCUUAGGACCUGCAGUCAGAGCCGCUCCCCCUCUUGUUGUCCAUUCUGCGGCUUCCACCAGUCACGCGGCACGGUGGGGUUGUUUUGCUUGUUUUGUUUCUGUUGGUUUUCAGAGGAUGAUGUAAAUAGGUUAUGUUUCAAGGGGGCCGGCCUUCUGCAGCUCCAGUAGCUUCCUAAAGCAACAAGUGGUACCUUUAGACGGGGCCGUUCAAUCCCUCCCAGCCCGGCUCACCGGCAGAUUCUCCACAAAAACAAGCCCAGGUAGAGUGGCUGGGAGUCUAGGCCACCUUGGUAGAAGUUAGACAAAGGGUCAGGGAGUGGCGAUCUGGUCCCGAAGUUCCAAUUUGGUGACUCGUAGAUGGGGGGGGGGGGGCCGGGGGGGGGGUUAAAAGUCGCUCCUUCGUCUCCUCUCUGAAGCAGACACGUCUUCUGGCCUCCUUUUCUCUCUUUGGCCUGUGUGGGUAAACAGAAGCGCCGAGUUCUUUAACACGCACCCUCCGGCCUCGCCUGCACGCGGACACUGCACCCAUCCGCGCAGUUACCAAGGAUCAGGGUUGGGUGUCCGAAGCGGGGCAAGCGGUCACUCGGUCCCUCGGGUAAAGCCUCUCACGGCCGAGUUCCCCUUGCUCUAUGCUGGUCCUCUGGCGCGUCCUGAAGGAGGCUAGCAGAAUGGAGGCAGGCGGAUCGGACAGUAUGAAUCGAUGCAGCUGUGUCUUAAGGAGAAUCGGGAAGAAUAGUCCAGAACAAAGUCGUUUCUUCCUUUUCUCCCUUCUCUCUCUGGUCUGCCUCACGCUGACCUAAGGUUCCGGGGUCUUCCCGCUUGCCCAGGCAGGCUUGCCGCCACCAUCUAGAAGCCAUGCCCGCCCUCUUGAAUCCGCUGGCAACGAGCCCUGAUAAAGAUCCACACCCCAUCCCCUCUCCAGAGAGUCUGAAAUGCCCCUCCCCACCUCACCUUAGACUGAAGUUUUAAAUCAUGUCAACCAGAUGAUGCUUGCUUUAUGUGAGAAUUAUUUCAGCAGAAUGGAUACAAAUUUUCAAAAACAGUCUUUUCAUAUCUAUGUAUUCUAUAUUAAAAGUGAUAAAGUCAUGUUUCUGGGGCGUA